AUGGGUUGGAGGGAGAACAACACCUUUAGGGGCAGUUGGGAAAGAGGUGAUUCGAAACUUGUCCCACCGGAAAUCAAACGCAAGGCUUGUUUUUUCGACUGCAACAAGUUCGUCCGUCUCCCCGUGACCGACAUCGUCGAAACGCCAAAACAGUUGCUGGCAGACUUCUUCAGACACGAGGCCAAAGAUGGCGGCCGCACACAGUUACACCCACAAACCCCCAACCAACUGGCGCGACCAAGUGAUGUGGCUGUCGAUUUUCCGCUCAUUCUACAGGCAUAA